AUGCGCUCGCUCAUUCCGUUUCGAGUAUCUCGAGCCUCCCAAAGCGCGCUUACGCCGCCGCCCCUGUCGAAAGGUCCUUUCUGUCGGUAUAGACCUCAAGGCCUGUGGAAACGUGGCUUGUCAGACACAAGGCCAUCUCUUGAGCGAAAUUUGUCUUCUCCUGCUGUUUUCUACCUUAGACACACCCUGUCUGCCAUUGUUUUCCUUGUCCUCGGAGCUGGUGGGUUGUCGGCAUGGCAGGCCCUCAAAGCUGAAAAAGCUUAUCACAAGGAGGACAUGCAGCCAAGUUACGCAGAUAGGUCUCAGAUGGAAAAGGCCAUCACCGAGCUGAGGUCCAUGGCGGGAGAGGAGAGCGUUAGCACCGACGACGAAAUCCUACAGACACACGGAUUCUCCGAAUGGUCGAAUCACAAUAUCGACAAGUUGCCUAUAGCAGUUGUAUACCCUAGAAGCACAGAAGAGUGCUCUGACAUGGUUAAGGUGUGUUACAAAUACAAGAUCCCCAUUAUACCGUAUUCUGGUGGUUCCAGCGUUGAAGGCAACUUCGCGGCUCCUUUUGGUGGUAUGUGUUUUGACUUUUUGAACAUGGGACGAAUUCUGGAAAUACAUGCCGAAGAUAUGAAUGUUAUUGUACAACCGUCCGUCUCGUGGAUGGACCUCAAUUCGAAACUCAAAGACAGCGGCUUGUUCUUUCCGAUCGAUCCAGGUCCCACGGCAAUGAUCGGCGGCAUGGUCGGCACCAAUUGUAGCGGCACAAAUGCCGUAAGAUAUGGCACGAUGAGAGACUGGGUGGUCAAUCUGACGGUUGUACUUGCUGAUGGCUCUAUCGUGAAGACCAGGCGACGACCUAGAAAGUCGUCGGCAGGCUAUAACCUAAAUGGCUUAAUCGUAGGCUCAGAAGGUACGCUGGGGGUUGUCACUGAGAUCACCCUGAAAUUAGCAGCCAUUCCAGAGAAGACGGCCGUCGCCGUAGUCACAUUUCCCUCUAUGCGGGCUGCGGCUCAAACGGCAAUCGACGUUAUCCACAAGGCCGUCCCGAUAGGUGCCGUCGAGAUCCUCGACGAGGUUCAAAUGAGCGUCAUCAACCGCGUGGGUGGUACUCAUCGAGCCUGGAAGGAGUUGCCCACGCUUUUCUUCAAGUUCGCAGGCUCCCAGGGUUCGGUCACGGACGGGGUGGCUCAAGUCGGCGAGAUUGUCAAGAAGCAUGGUGGAAGCAACUUCGAGUUCGCCCAUGGUGAAAUUGAGCAGCAGAGGCUAUGGUCGGCGAGAAAGGAAGCCCUCUGGAGCAUGUUGAGUCUUCGCGGGUCAGGGCGAGAGGUCUGGUCGACAGAUGUUGCAGUGCCACUUUCCAGUGUGGCAGAUCUAAUCGAAGUCUCGAAGAAGGACAUGGACUCUUUAGGACUGUUUGGGAGUAUGCUGGGACAUGUAGGUGAUGGUAACUUUCACGAGACAAUCUUAUUUGAUGGAGUGAAAGAGAGGGAACUGGUGGAAAAAUGUGUGAACGAUAUGGUGCAACUGGCGUUGAAGAUGGAAGGGACUUGCACGGGUGAACACGGAAUAGGUCUUGGAAAGAAGCAGUUUCUUCAAGAAGAACUUGGGCCGGGACCAAUUGCUGUCAUGAGGUCCAUUAAGAAGAGCCUAGAUCCAUUCUGGCUGAUGAACCCGGGCAAGAUCUUCGAUGCGUAG